CGGAGGCGGCUCCGUUUCCACGGUGACCAGGCUGCGCUUACUCCCGCAGCAGCGCGCGGAGUGCGGCGUCCUGGCGCUGCGAAUGAGGUGGGUAGCGCCGGCCUGCCUUGCAGCGAGGCCGGGACUGCGGUUCAGGGCGUCAAGGGCGCAUCCCCAGGAUAAAAAAUGUCAGCACUCACUUCUCCAAGAGGAAAGGUAGAAGUUGUUCAUUGCCGAAGAACAGAAUCACAGGAUGUUUAUUGUAUCAAAAGCCUUAUUAGAAAAUUUACCCACAAGCUGUUUGGGAAGCUGAAUAUCAUCUAUCUUCUAGAAAAGGCAAACCUUGCUGUUACCCUCUGCAAUGACAAGGAGGAGAUCAUGGCUCAGGCCACCUUCCUGGACUACCCCAACUGGAAUGUUGCCAAGCAGGAUGACUGGGUGUCCGUGUUCCGGGAGCUGGACAGUGAUAUCCCAUGCACACCUCUGAAUACAUUGUUCAUGCACCUCUUUGUGGCCGUGGAUGAAUAUUCUGUUGGCUGUUGCAAAGAGAUUCUUCGAACCGUGUAUAAGGCAGUGCCAGAGCUGCACUUCAUAUUUCUCAUCGUGCCAUCCUACAUGAGCCUAGGCUCAACUCUCAUAACCGUUUUUGACCAAGUAGGGAACAUUCCGUGUCUGACAUAUGAGGAAGACUUCGCAGUGCAUAUAUGCCACAGGCACAGCCACUACCCUCAGCUGCAUGUUCGCAAAGCCAGGGUGGAAGACCACGACGAUCUCAUGCCAAUAUUCAUGCGCUAUGACACAAUUCUGAAGGAAACUUACGGCGAAUACUUCCUGGCUGAACUAAUAGAGGCCCAAGACGAAGAGAAUCAUGCUGUUGUGUGUGAGGUGGAAGGUGCAGCUGUUGGGUUCAUGAGUGUGUGCUCGAGAGUGAACAUGCAGCUGCUGCAUGAGUGCUUUGACUUGGGCCCUUUCCACGGACUCUGUUUCCCACAUCCUGAUGAUGUUCUGGAAUCACCACAAGAGCUAAGUGUCCGAGGAAGUCAAGAUGCUGAGCUCAGGAGUAGCAGCCAGAGUUUCCAAAAAAUAGUCGAGGAGUCACAGGAGCCUGUUUCUCCAGAUGCCAUUGAAAACAUCCAGGGAAAAAUUGCUGGAGAAGCUGCAUCUGAGGAAGCUUUAUCAGUGGUCCAAAAUGGAGUUAGUGAACCAGAGGACAUAGAAAAACUCAGUGAGGCCUCCCCUGGCUGUGCACAGGAUCACCGUGGCAGCAGUAGGAGCUUGGCAUCACUCUUACGGCCUGAAGAGCCCGUCCACUUCCGCCCCAUCUAUAGGGGAGCCUCAGCUGCUUUUUGUAUUCAGCUGUUUUGUAUUGAUGAGAAAUACGAAGCAAGAUCGCUGGAUUUUAUGAAUUUUGUUUUCAGCCUUUUUUCUGAUAAGAACUUCUGUGUAAUUUCUCUGCCCCAUCUCACCCCUGAGUUCAUCCUCAUCCAGAACUUUGUGAAGGUGGUCCCUUUCAACACCUGCACUGUCGAGCAGGACCUCUACGUCUUCCACCGGGCUGGAUUGCUCAAGUCCAUUAAUAUAAGAUUUGCCACUCUCUUGGAUACUCCUGCUGUGGAAAAUCUUGUCAGCACCCUCAUGUUGAAUAAAAACAUAUUGGAGGACUUAGCCCAUUACAACAAGGCUCACAAAGACCCUGAUGGAACACUGCUGCAGGCAUUUGUAGCUGAAGUUGCAGAACAAAUAGUUGGUAUCGCAGUGAUCACAAAUGAAAUGGAUGUUGAGUACAUUCGGUCCCAUUACAACAUUGAAGAUUUCAUCUACUUCAGUCACCACCAGCGUGAAGAACACGGGCACAUACAUCACUUUGCCCUCAACCCCAUUUUCCGGCACUACACCAAGUUUUUUCUGAAGGAGAUCCUUCGUUUAGGCUUUAAAUCCUGUCUCUACUACCCUGUUUACCCCAAAUCCAGAGAAGGCAAGUUCCAGAACCCCUACGCCCACUCCCUGACAUCUGCCCUUCAUUACUUGGUUCCCGUGCGACCACGACGACAGAUUGUCUAUCCUCUGGAAAAGCUUGGCAUAAACGCUCCAUCAAAGGAGGUCUCCAAGGAUCUGAUGAGCUAUGCCUUAAACCAUACAAACAGAAAGCUAACAUUGGAACCUAAAAUAGCUGUCAAUGCCAGGAUUGUUGUGGUUGGUGCAUCCAGUGUUGGAAUUUCUUUCCUAGAGACGUUGGUAUUUUGCUCUCACCUGAAGUUUAAUAAUCUCACCUUGAUUUCAACUCACGGACUCCCAGGAAAAGAACUUCUGGACACUGAAAAAAGGAAGUUUUUAGCCAGCGACCACUGUUUUAAUGAUAAAGAUUAUGCACUGAUGUCACUGUGCUCCUGGGUUAAUGUCGUGGUGGGCAGAAUGACCGGCAUAGACCGAGCAACCAAGCAUGUUGUGCUUUCCACGGACGAGAUCGUGCUCUACGACCACCUCAUUCUCUGCACGGGGCAGCAGUACCAGGUCCCAUGCCCUACAGGGGCCGAUAUUAGUCAACACCUGACAGACAGAGAGGUUCCCAACAGCAGUCAGCGGCGGUACACAGGGAAAGUUCCUUGCAACCAUUUCAUUCUCAACGAGGAAGAGGAUUGCUUUAAAGCGCUGACUUGGAUAAGGAAUAACUUCAUCACCACAGAAGGGAAUGUCAUUGUCUAUGGGAAUACAAUUGAUACUUACACCACCGUGGAGACGCUCUUGAACCUUGGCGUGAGCGGCAGCCGCAUCCACCUCGUGCAGCCCCCGCCUGCCUCGAGCAUCACCUGCAUCAACAACUACUCGGUGGAGAGCGCGGUGGCGGAUGCGCUCAGAGCCUCCGGAGUCACCAUUUACCGGGAUGCGAUCCUGGCCCAGUGGAAUGAUGGCCUGCACCCGGACCCCAUCUACAGCGCCUCCUUCACCGCACCCACCGAGCCUUUCAGACUCCAGUGCUCUAUGUUUUUCAGCUUCUGUGAGAAGAAGGUGGAUUACGAAACAUUUAAAGCACUCAAUGAUGCAUGUCUUGUGUAUGACGGUCGACUUGUGAUUGAUACCAGCUUCCACACCAAUGACAUAGCCAUCAGAGCUGCUGGCUCCCUCACCAAAUUCUCCAAUAGAUAUUACUCAAAUGAGUGGACUCACAGCAACUUCAGUUCCAAAGAAAUUGGCUUCCAGUUGGCAGCAGCUAUGCUAUAUCUCUUUGAUCCAACCCUUGAGCCUGUGACCGAGCCACCAGCUGAUCUUGACCGGCUCAUCCCCAUGUACAAAGGAGCCAAGAUUCAAGGGGGCAUUCUUCCCGGGUCUUACCAUUAUCUGCAUAUUGCCAAGCCUGCCAUUCCAACUCCCUUGAAGACACAAAUGGCACAGCCUGAUUAUGGUUUACAAAUAGUAACUGGUAGUGCAGAAAAUGGGACUUACUUCCGAAUUCAUAUUAACAAGUAUAAAAUGGUGGAAACCAUCACAUGCCUUUCUAAGGAGCCCUUCCCCGCCUCCAACUACAUCCGCCUGUUUGGCCAGCAUGAGCAGCUCCUCAACAACCUGUGUGCUCGGUACAAUGAAAACCUGAUCACAGAUCUCUAUAGCUACUUCACGGAGCCGUGGUGCCUGGCCAUCUUCCAUGAUCGUUUUAUCGAUCUCAGGAAAGAGUUGCGCCAAAUCUUAGCCUCCAAAGAGCAGGAAGACCUUCCUUCCAUAGAGCAGUUAGCGCAUCAGAUGGAAGAUGAGGAAAUAAACCCUGCUGAGAAGCCCAGGCAAUGCCUCAAAAGAGUUUUCGAGGACUCCAUCUACAAAACCCUGGUGGAGAGAAGCACUCUUGACUACCUACGCUAUAAUCGCUACCUCCUGCCCAUGUACGCAUGGCCGGGCAUCAUUUAGUUGUAGGCAGGGUGUCCCCUUUAUGGUUGUCAUGUAUGUAGUUCCUGGAAGCGCGCUCUGUAGAAAUAGAAAAGUUCUCUGCAGCCUGGUCGGACAGCGAAGCAGUCCCUGGUGGCUCUGUGUCUUCCUUUCCUUCCCCAACUUAUGCCUGUACUUUUCUGUCAUUCCAGUAGGUGGCGCACGGUCGUGUGCCUCUGUUCGGGGGCAGGCUCGCUCUGCAAAUACCAGGCAUGUUCCUGUGCAGAAUAAUCCAUUUCAGCAAUAAAAUGAGAUCAUACUGUGUAAAAUUUG